AUGGUACAAUACCAUGUCCAGUCCGUAAUUCGGGAGGCCAAUGAGGCAAUUGUACCGGAGGAGACUUUCCAACCCAACUCCGGCCCCCAGUUUUACUUGAAGUUGGUGGUGAUGUUUCACUACCGUCAGUCGUAUUUUCAUCCUAGAAGACAUGUGUUGGAGUUGUUUGCUCCAUGCUACUACGAGGGGGGCACACGACCGAACGCAACGGCAUGGGUUCCAGCUUUGGUAUUCAUGGGAGAGGUAGGUAUGCCUCAAGAUUCUGUGACUCGGACGUUUUUGAGUCUGAUACAGUUCGGAUCUGAGAUGUUGACGACGUUUGAGGCGCAGGAAGAAGAACGAAUGGUGCUCCCAGUUGAGGGAUUUGUGGUUUUGACUGGCAGAGUGAUACCGGUUAUGAGACCGACUCCAAUGAUGAGGAUGGAAGAGGUGCAGGAGGAAGGGAAUGUAUGCAGCGUCUGCUUGGAAGACAUGGUGGAGGGAUCCAUGGUGGGUAGGGUUUCCUGCAGCUGGCAUGUUUUUCAUGAAAAAUGUAUUAACGAAUGGUUAAAAGACAAUCGGUCUUGUCCCAAUUGCAGGCUUCUUUUGGGUUGA